AUGGUUGGCAUCCUGCGCCCUCCCGCAGGAAAUGUCCCCGACAAACCAGGUAGAAGAAAGCCCUCCUCCAGAGGCCACCACAAGUACGUCGGUGUCCGCCAGCGUCCUUCAGGACGUUGGGUUGCUGAGAUCAAGGACUCUAUCCAGAAGGUCAGGCUUUGGCUAGGCACUUUCGACACAGCCGAGGAUGCUGCUCGAGCUUAUGACGAAGCUGCUAGGAACCUCAGAGGAGUCAACGCCAGGACCAACUUUGAUCCUCCUCUUUCCGGCCGAACCCGUCUGUUUGAAAACUCCGAGCCAUUUGAUUUCGAACGAGUUAGGGAGCCUGAAGGUGGUGGUGAUAUGCUAGGGGCACUCCUCGCCAAGCUGUCCCAAGGAAAGAAGAAGAACACCAACAAUUCCCUGUCCUCAUCAGUUAUGCCGAAAAGAUCUAUGCUGAAUCUUGGUCGUCCAUCAGUUUAUAACAACACAGUGACAGAUAGUUGCAGAACGGAUCAUAAUCGUGAUUCAGAUACAGCUGAUCACCAAGUUGUGUUUCAGAACCCGAGCUCAAGCAAUACAGCCAUAACAUGGCCAGAACCAGAACCAGAACCAGAAUCGGUCUGUGAAGUACUGGGUUGGGUCCAGGAUGACAUGUACAUUAAUCCUAGCCAUGGCCAUGUCCAUGUCCAGCAGGAAGAAGAUCACCAUAACCUGUUUAACAAUAAUAACAUGUGGACAAUUUCAGAGGGUUUCGCCAAUUCUUCAGGAAAUACAUGGACGAACAACUGCUUUGGUGAUAAUAGUGUAAUCGAGCAUCAUCAACAUAUCGAGAACUACACAAGUAGUAAUUGGGUAGGAGGAUCUAUUACUACAACUACUACUACUAGCUGUUGGGAUCCCUUGUUGUAUGCAUCCUCUAUUCUUGGUUAG